CGCAGCGCGGCCGGGACUUGCGGCUGCCGAAGCCUGCGAACUCUCCAGAAAGAGGGUGAAGGAGAGUCCGGCCACCGCGCUCGGCCGCGCGCGGGGGCGGGUUUCUUUGGGGAACUCCGGGCAGCAGCGCGGCAGAAGGAUCUGGAGCGUGAAGGUGCGGCCCCUGAGAAGCUCGGCGCACUAAUGCCAACAUGAUGUUUCACUCAGGUGGAAUGUGGAGCUGUCACUGGAAAUGGAAGCCGAGUUCUCUUUUGUUGUUAUUUGCUUUACAUCUUGUGUAUGAGCCUCACUCGGUGUGGGGAUGUACCAACUGCAGACUUGUGCUCUCCAGCCCUUCGGGGACCUUCACUUCUCCGUGCUACCCUAAUGACUACCCUAACUCCCAGGCCUGUGUGUGGACAUUGAGAGCCCCCGCUGGCUAUAUCAUUCAGAUAACAUUUAACGACUUUGACAUAGAAGAAGCUCCCAAUUGCAUCUAUGACUCAUUAUCCCUUGAUAAUGGAGAGAGCCAGACUAAAUUUUGUGGUGCAACUGCCAAAGGCCUAUCGUUUAACUCAAGUGCGAAUGAGAUGCAUGUGUCCUUUUCAAGUGAUUUUAGCAUCCAGAAGAAAGGUUUCAAUGCCAGCUACAUCAGAGUUGCUGUGUCUUUAAGGAAUCAAAAGGUCAUUUUACCCCAGACACUAGAUGCUUACCAGGUAUCUGUUGCAAAAAGUGUCUCUAUUCCAGAGCUCAGCGCUUUCACACUUUGCUUUGAAGCCACUAAAGUUGGCAAGGAAGACAAUGACUGGACAGCUUUCUCCUACUCAGAUGCAUCCUUAACACAAAUGCUCAGUUUUGGCAAGUCCAGAAGUGCUUACUUUUUAUCUGUUUCUGGUUCAAAAUGCUUACUGAACAGUGUGCUACCUGUAAAGGAUAAAGAAGACAUUUUCACUGACAGCUUUGAACAGCUCUGCAUCGUUUGGAAUAAUUCUUUGGGUUCUAUUGGUGUUCAUUUUAAAAGAAGCUAUGAAACCAUCUCAUGUGACUCUACCAUUAACCAAGUCAUCCCUGGGAAUGGGAAGCUGUCCUUAGGCUCGGAUCAGAGUGAAGCCUCUUCUCUCAAAGGGGACAUGUACAACUUCCGGCUGUGGAAUUUUACCAUGAAUUCUAAAAUGCUUUCCAACCUCAGCUGCAAUGAGAAGGGGAAUGUAAUUGACUGGCAAAAUGAUUUUUGGAAUAUCCCAACCCUGGCUCUGAAAGCUGAAAGCAAUCUUAGCUGUGGUUCCUACCUGAUACCAUUCCCAGCAGCAGAACUUGCCAACUGUGCAGAUUUGGGGACCCUCUGCCAAGAUGGAAUUGUCUUUAGAAUUUCCUUAGAGAUUGAAAAUAUCCUCCAUUAUCCUGAAGCAAAAGUGCAGAACAAGGUGGUAGGAUGGCUCAAUUCAACUUUACAAAAUUGGAACUACACUGUUUAUGUGGUUAAUAUCAGCUUUCAUGUGAACACAGGAGAGGACAAGAUCAAAGUCAAGAGGAGCAUUGGCAAUGACCUAAGGCUAACAAUUUCGGCUCUUGUAGUUUAUGAUGCUACCAGCAAUCCCAACUUAGAAGGAAAAAUCAUUCAGCAGAAGAUCUUAGAGAAUAAUGAGUCCCUGGGUGAAAGCUUGAGGCUGUCUACAGUAAACGUAAGACGACAGGGUGUGUGUCCCUUUGAGGAGUUACCCAAAGGCUAUGAGUGGCCGCCCGUCUCACCCACUAAGUUCACACUGCCGUGUCAAGGGAAGAACGGAGGCAUGGCAGUCCGGGAGUGUGUCAGGUACAACUCAACUUAUGCCUAUUGGAAACCUCCUGAUCUCUCUGAUUGUAUGAGAGCAAAUGAUAUUGCCAAUGAGAUCUUAAAUUUAACCAAUGAUGCACAGAACUUGAACUCGGCCAAUAUCAGCAACAUUGUAAAACAGGUCAAAGAGCUCGUGAAUAAUGAAGAAAACAUCGACAUCACCCUUGGCUCAACCUUAAUGAAUAUUUUUUCCAAUAUCUUAACCAGUCCAGAUAGUGACUUGUUGGCAUCCUCUUCUGAAGCUUUGAAAACAAUCGAUGCAUUGGCCUUCAAGAUAGACUUAAGAAAUACAACACGUGUGAAUAUUUCAACUUGCAAUUUGGCUCUUGGAGUGUCAUCCCUAUCCACAGAAACAAAUGAAAUUUUAAAUUUUAGCAUCGGUCUUCCAAGCAAUAAUGAGGCAUAUUUCCAGAUGGAUUUUGAAAUUGGACAAAUGGAUCCAUUGGCUUCUGUAAUUUUGCCUCCAACUCUUUUUGAGAAUUUAAGUCAAGAAGAAUCCAUGCCAGUUAGAAGAGCACAGUUUACUUUCUUUAAUAAAACUGGACUUUUCCAGGAUGUAAAAAACAAGAAAUACCCCUUAGGGAGUUAUGUGAUGGCUUGCAGUAUCGGAAACAUGACCAUCCAGCACCUGAAGGAUCCUGUUCAAAUCAAAAUCAAACACACAGUAACUCAGGCAGUGCCUCAGACCAUCUGUGCCUUCUGGGAUCUAAACAACAAUGGUUCUGGAUUUUGGAAUACAACAGGAUGCAGUGCACAAAGAAAUGAAGAUGCAAGUGAAACAGUGUGCCUGUGUAACCACCUCACACAUUUUGGAGUUCUGCUGGAUCUUCAAGGAACUGCCUCACAGAUAGAUGCAACAAACACUAAAAUUCUUACCUUCAUCUCUAACAUUGGGUGUGGAAUAUCUGCUAUUUUUUCAGCAGCAACUCUCCUGACUUACAUUGCUUUUGAAAAGCUGAGAAGGGAUUACCCCUCCAAAAUCCUGAUGAACCUGAGCACAGCCCUGCUGUUCCUGAAUCUCGCCUUCCUCUUGGAUGGCUGGGUCGCCUCCUUCCAGAUGACGGGGCUUUGCACCUCCAUGGCAGCCCUGCUGCAUUUCUUUCUCCUGGCCACCUUUACCUGGAUGGGGCUGGAAGCCAUCCACAUGUACAUUGCCCUGGUGAAGGUGUUUAACACUUACAUUCGCCGAUAUAUCCUGAAGUUCUGCAUCAUUGGCUGGGGUUUUCCAGCCUUAGUUGUGUCAGUUGUACUAGUGAGCAGUGGCAAAAAGGAAGUCUAUGGAAGUUUGAGAACUGAGAAAGAACAAGGUGAUGACUUCUGUUGGAUUAAGGAUCGCAUUGUAUUUUAUGUGAGCUGUGUUGGUUAUUUUGGAGUCAUGUUUUUCCUGAACGUGGCCAUGUUCAUUGUGGUCAUGGUGCAGAUCUGUGGGAGGAACGGCAAGAGGAGCAACCGGACCCUGCGCGAAGAAGUUCUGAGGAACCUGCGCAGCGUCGUCAGCUUGACGUUCCUGUUGGGCAUGACGUGGGGGUUCGCUUUCUUUGCCUGGGGACCCUUACAUGUCCCUUUCCUGUACUUCUUUGCCAUCUUCAACUCAUUGCAAGGUUUGUUUAUAUUUAUCUUCCACUGUGCCAUGAAGGAGAACGUUCAAAAACAGUGGAGGCGGCAUCUGUGCUGUGGCAGGUUUCGACUGGCAGACAAUUCAGAUUGGAGUAAAACUGCCACCAAUAUCAUCAAGAAAAGUUCUGAUAAUCUGGGAAAAUCUUUGUCUUCAAGUUCCAUUGGUUCUAACUCAACUUACCUUACUUCCAAAUCUAAGUCCAGCUCUACUACCUACUUCAAAAGAAAUAGCCACCCCGACAGUACUUCCAUGGACAAGUCCUCUUCCAAACUGACCCAUGCUGAUGAAGCUGAAGCUGAUGAAGAACAGAUAUCAGUCAUCCCUGACCACGAGGUCAUUGAUAAGGUUAAGGGUUACUGCAGUGCUCAUUCAGAUAACUUCUAUAAAAAUAUUAUCAUGUCAGAUACUUUCAGCCACAGCACAAAGUUUUAAUGUCUUUAAUAUAAGAAAAAGGAAUCAGAAAUGUGAAGAUCUCCAGGCAGUGAAAACUGCAACUAGCAGUUGUAAAUAUGUGAUUCCCUUGGUAACUGCAUAUAUUAUGUGCAAUGUAUUUUUUUAAGGAGACUUUGUGAAGUUCAAAAUCUGUCUUUUCAGUGCAUUUCUUUCCUGUGGAGGUGCCCUUAUCACUAGAAUAUCAGUGCUGAGAACAGUGGGACUUAGCAGCUGCAGGAGAUACGAUUUUUUAAAUGAAGUUGAAUCAAACCUGCCCACAACUCUGGAGAGGGCAGUGACAUUAAAAUUAGAGGACAAGACUAAGAGAACUAAGGAUAAGUCAUUCUUCAGGGGCUUCUUCAUAGACUACUUAAUAGUUAGCUUUGGACGUGGCCAUGUGCUUCAUCCUCUUUGUCAAAAGUCAGAGGCAUCCUAAUAACCAUGUUGAUGCCCACAGAUCCCAGUAUCAGUUUCUAUGAAAGCAAUACUAUUUUCUGUUUUCUCCAUGAAAUAUCAAAUAUGAAUAUGAAAAAAAGUGUAAUGUCUGACCUAAAGAUGAUUAUAUUAAAUGUUUAAAUCUUCAAGAGCAUCACAUGCUGGAGAAAUCAAAAAAUUCCAAAAUAUUGUCCUAUUUAUAUAAAGCCAUAUAAAUGUCUGUUCUUUUGCUUGGUGGAGUCAAGACACAAGGCUUAAUUAAGUAUCGUCAUUAAUUUUAAUUUAAUCCCAUACAUUUGAAUCAAGUUUAGUGCUGCAUUCCUGUAAUGUAGACCACCCAGGAGUUGAAGAUGAAUCUCUUACAAUUCUACUUUUUUCUUCUGCCGUAUAUUGAACCCACAGGCUCAUGGGAGGAGUGAGAAUUUCCACUCGGCAUGUGGUGUCUCUGCCUUGCCCUUCCGUAGACAGGCAGUUGGCAAUCCCUGUAGGAAGUAUAACCAGUGAGGUUCCAUGGUCCUGUCUGUGCUCUAGAGACAGUGAGACAUUUCUAGUUGCACAAAUGAAACAACCUCUUUCUCUUUCAAGAGUUUUGUUCCAAGGGAUAUAAACUGAGACAUGUGGCUAACUUACCAUAAUCAUUUAUAAUUUAUAAACACUGGGCCUACAAAUGCUAGUCUGAAAUUUAUUUGUGUAUAACUCCUCUGAUUAUAAGAACCAGAGGAAGUCUGGCAGGGUAGACGGUGUGUGAUUCAUGGACGAGGUUGCUGCAUAUACACUGUGCAUAAUAUUAAGCAGCUUACCUAACUUUUAAACUAUUCUGACUCAUAAGUGGGAAGCUGCAUUUUCAUUGUUCUUAAAUGCUGGUGUCAUAUUCAGAUUCUUAGAAAUCAAUUUUAGUUUGUGUUUUACCUUUACAUUUGCUCUGGAUUAUCUGGGGUGUAUCUGGUGGGGGAAGUAGCAGGUAAGUGAAUAGAACAUGAGACUUGCUGGCAGAGCCUGUCUGCUUGAAGGUCAAGGUGGUCAAGGUCCAUGCUGAGUGCCUGGGGCUUUUCUCCACCAGCCCCCACCCCAUUCUCUCCUUCCCCCACACAACUGUGCAGAAUAAAGGUAUGAGACCUGGGAGGGCCUUCUGGUCUACACCAGCCAAUGGGCUACUUGCCUUUUGCCAUCUUCAACCAUGAAGCUGUUUGCCAGACUGGAAUUGGUGAUUCAACACUGAAUUUCCGUCCCAUCUUACAGCUGCCCGAAUGCAGUGGCUUUCCCAGAGUAGAGGCGUGGGUAGUAGGGAAGGAAAUGAAAUCUACAGUUCACUAAGAUUCACUGAUAGAGCCAAGACCUUUUCUGUAGGGCUUUACUAACAGGUUGCUUAUUCUGGCAGCAGUUACAUAGAGAUGAACGUUAAUUUUAAAGAGUCACUGAAUUGUCAUAUACUUUACCCCCAAACCUUAGAGAUUUAUGAUAGAAUUUAAUUAGCUUUCCACUGUGAGAUUUCUGCCCAUUGUGCUUGUUUAGUUAAUAGUACUUAAGAUACAAGUUGCAAAAAAGGCAUUGAUUUCUACUCAUAUUCAUGCAGAUGUGGGAAAACUUUUUUUUUUAAAUAUUUGAUAACAAUAUCAGCUCCCCUUUAGACAUUUUUGAGAACCCGUUAAGGAAAAUGAAAAAAUAGGGGAAUAGAAACAUUUGUGAAUGGGUUUAGAAGUCUGAGCUGAAUCCGCUCGAAGUUCUAAGCAUGCAGAUCUCACCUUCACUUAGCCCCUCAGCAGAGGGUGACAGGAACUUAUCUGGGGAGCCAAAAUUCAACUUAACCUAACUUCAAGGGUAAUAUCAAUUCAGACUCUCUGGGUUCUUGCCCUCUUUUUGAACAACUUUGUGCUGUCCAGGCUCCUGCAGUAUUUUCCAGGCCCGUCACCAUCACAUGCAUUUAAAGCUUCUUUAUCUAUUGUGGCACAGACUCGCCUGUACAUAUUUAUUUAUUUGUGUUUAUAAGUCUCAGCUUGUUUCUUAGCUUUGUGUCUCCCGACUUUGUUAUUUUAAUUAACUUUCUAUCAAAUAGGCUGUAUAUAUUUUUUCUAAAUACUUUGUGAAAUACUUUUCUGCAGUGGUAUCUUUGACUAUGAGGAAUAAAAGUGACUGUGAGUACUAGUCAGAAUUAGCAAAAAGAAGCUACAAUAGCUGAUUUGCCAUUUUACUUAAAUGGAAAAUUGUUUUUCAAAUAAAUACUUAAGUUGUCCGUGUUC